CGACUUGACGAAUGAAUCAUUUGUUUCCGGGUGAAGAGGACACGCAAGUGGUACGAAUAUCAUACAAUUCUGAUCUACAUCGAUUAGUUUUUAACUGUCUUUGGCGACUGAUCUUAUGAAUCUAAUAACACGGCAUCAUGUAACGUGUUUUACGCUUCCCCCCGGUUAAAAGUCCGCCUGUUGGUUUUAAAACCUUUACUUUGAUGUUAAGUGCCAUUAGCAUGUUGGCUAACCGGUUAGCACGAGGGUGAUGAAAUGUGUAUCGUAUUUAGCAUCUUCACUGUAUGUUACAAGUUGAUUUAACCACAGAAUGGUGGCUAUUUCAGUUAACAAUCUCCCCUUUGUCUCGAGUCUGUGGGUGAUAUAUUCGCAUUGUUCCACCAGCCUGGUGUGGGAUGUUGUUCAGACUUAAACCAUGUGAUUUGAAUGUCAGCUGGCUUGUUGUCGACUUGUCAAUCUGCUAUCUUAUCGCUUCAAGGCGUUUCAUAAGGGGUUUGUAUGUGACUUGAGAACCCGCUGCGUCUUCCUUACUUCUGCGGGGCCAUUACGGAAGAGAACAACGACAGCAGGGGAAGACACCAGCCCUCAGCAGCUUGUCCUUUUCUUCCCUCAGCUCAUCGCCUGACCUGCCAAACCUUGACUGAUAUGGCAGCCAAUGGAGCAAGCUGUGAGCGGCCCCAGAAACGAGCAGGAGCCAAAGACAGACAGAAUGGCAAGUCAACAGGUUAGUUUCACGUCUUUAAAUGUGCAUAUUAGUGAAGUUGACUGUCAUGGGUGAAGAACACUAGUAAAGUAAGAGUUUCAUUAGGGGAGAGUGGGGUCAGAUGAGUCAUUCUUCAUGUUUCGGAUCACUACAUCAAGGCGAUCAUAGUUUUGUCUCUAACUAGUGUUUCUGCAUUUAUUUCAAGAUGUUGUGCAUCCCUGCAAACCAACAGAAUGAGUGUAAACAUAACUGUCUUGAUAAUAUAGCAUGACAUUGUAACAUGAGAAAGCCUUUAAGUGAUUCAGAACAUUCACAGCUGUAUUUUUGAAAAGAAAAAGUAACACAUUUCAACAAUCUAAACUGAAACUCUGAUCCUCUCAUCAGACCCUUUUACUUUCUCAGUUGAGCCAGUGACUUAACUUACCCCUGAACUACUAUGAUGACUUUAUUAGUCCUCUAAGCUAAAAUGGUGGACUUCUAUGUUCAUGUUGUAGCUCAUAGGGACCACAUUUGAUGUAUAAAACAAAUUGAAAAUGAUCUAUUUUCGUCUACCCCAGAAUAACUGUGAUUACUAUGACUGUGUCCGAAAUGAAUCACUCGAUCCCUAAUCCCCAUAUGGGGUUUCACUAGAUAGUUGACUAUGUGGUGAAAUCAAUCACCAAAGGUUUCGGACACUACAUGGCAAGACGCAAUGCAUGAAGGAAUGCCCACCACCUGUGAGUGACCAUCGGAUGGUCACUACAUUUUGCAAUGCUUCAUGGGAAAUUUUGAGUCGCCUAUAUAGCGGUAUAUGGUGGACUUUUAUGGUAGGUUUUUGACCCUAUGUUGUAACUCUUAGAUGCCACCAUUGUAGAUAAGUAAGUAAGUAAACUUUAUUUGUAUAGCACUUUUCACAGACAAAAAAGUCACAAAGUGCCUCACAUAGACAAAUAUAAAAAUGUACUUACAAAUUAAAAGGCCAAUACAAAAACAUUUAACUGUCAUAGCAGCCCCAAAACAAUUAAACAAAAGCCUAAGCAAAUAAUUAAGUUUUGAGUUGGCUUUUAAAAGAGUCAACAGAGUCAAUUAAGCUUAUUGAGAGAGAGGAAGAUCAUUCUAAAGCCUGGAAGGAUCGGUCUCCUCUGGUCCGAAAACGAUAUAUUAAACAAAUUUAAAAUGAUCUUAUUUUGGUCUGAACACAAUUCUAAUCAAACUUAUGACAGACUAAAUUCACUUUCAAGAGGGAAAAAUGUUUUUUUAUGAAAUAGAUGUCUAACCCCUUCACCCAUGUGCUUCUAAUCUUCACAGACCCCAAGACCCCAUCUCCUAAAUAUUUGGUCACAUGAUCAAUUUCUUUAAACUUUUUCAAGCAACUGGGGUUGGCUUAAUUUACCCUUUGGCUCAACUUACUCUACUCUCCCAAAUCUCUCACACAAACUGAUUACUCCCGCCUAACGGGUUGAACGAGUCAUAAAAAAGACUCAAGUGAAUUACUUCCAGCUUACUUUCGGUUCUUAAAGGACGUACAGCAUUGCGAACAUCAAGAUGACCCAUAGUUAAUGAGAUUAACCAUUUUUGUUGAUGUGAGAUUUACCAUGUGCUUGCCUGUACCAGUUCAACAACAAGAAAGUAUUUCUCUAGAUGUAAGUAUUACAGAAUAUCAGGGUGACUGCGAUUCUCUUUAUUGUUCAGACUUCUCAGUAAGGGAGAGGCGGCAGAAAGAUAAGGAGGAUCGCCUGUCCCUUGUGUUAUGGAGGAGGCCUGUGACCACUCUGCAGUAUUUUCUCCUGGAGACCCUAAUCAAGCUAAAGGAGUGGACGUUUAAGUAAGAACUUCUACAGGUUUUAACUAGAGUGCUGUUGUUUUUGCUUUAUUUCCCAGGGUGUGUAUUUAUGCGUUAAACUGUUUGGUCCCUUCAUUUAUCUUGUCAUUCUACUCAACUGUCAGAGAACUAGCCAUGACCUCUUGCCUAGAUAUUUUCACUGAAAAAUAAUUUCUUUAUCUUUGAGAGACUGUAGUUGUAAAUCUCAUUAUUUAAAAUAGAAUUAAAUAAUUUACAUGUUAUUUUUUUGUUCUUGUCAGGCUUUGGCAACGACGAGGUGCAGUGUUUGUGGUUUUGGUGUUAUGUGCUCUGUUUUCCAUUGCCUACUCCACUGAGGGAGAUCACCAACAAGUAAGGCUGGACUGAUUUAAUUUUUUUAGUGAUGUUAAUAAUCAACACAAUUGCUUAAUUUCUAACCUGUUUGAAUAAGUCACUCUUUAUCUACAUUAAAUCUUUUCUAGUAGAAAGCUAAACUCGGGUUGUAAUGACAUGUGCACUGUUGUCAGGCAACCUUUGAUCCUCCUGAUAGUUAGCUGAAAGUUGUGUUUACAAAUCCCUCUGUCUCACUAUCUUUAACAGUUCAGCAUCAGCUUUCUUCAAUGUAGAGCUAUAGAUAAUAUACAUGUUCUACUGUUGACUGUUUUCAGCUCUCUGCAGGUUAUCAGGGGGAUGAUUUAAAAAAAAAAAGGCAAACUGUUAUAUUUCCUAAACAAAGCGCUGAACUUGAUUUAGAGUCUGCUAUUAUUAUUAAUUUAUGGCCAUAACCAAGACAACCUGUUAAAGGGAUUUUCUGACGUAAAAUUAAUUUAGGGUCAAACACACCGUAACACCGAGUUAGAUAACCCCCAAGAGAUGAAUGUUGCCAACCGCUUACUUCUCUAGUUAUACCAACUUUAGAAAGGACCGAACAAUAGCAAUACACAGCGGUCCGAGGAGCCAUAAACAAACCUCAACCAAAAUGCCCCUCUAUAGCCACAAAUAAUGCUCAGAACAGCACAUAACUUCAUCAACAGUACAUAUAGGGUCCCAGCCAUAGCACUAGCCACCAAACAUCUUUUUACUUUGCCUAAUUUCUGUAGCAAAGAGACUAAUUCAACUCACCCACUCUCUUCCAGCAGCCGUUUGUAGUUAGACCUCAAGCCAGUCUAUUAUGGACUACAGCGGGGUGACACAACUCAAGGAAGAACAUUUAUGAUCAUUACUUUAUCAUUUCCUUGAAGUAAUAAUCACCAUAUUAAUCAUUUUGCACUGCAGAGCCGGUAGUUCUUCUGCCUUAGCGCCUCGGUCUGAUUGUAUUUCCAUGAAGAAAUGAUCAUAAAUGUUCUUCCUUGAGCUGCGUCACCCCGCAGUAGUCCGUGAUGGACUGGCUCGAGUUCUCGCUACAAACAAACGGCUGCUGGAAGAGAGUAGGUGAGUUGUGUUUAGUCUCUUUGCUAAAGAAAUCAGGCAAAGUUAAAAAGAUGUUUGUUGGCUAGUACUGUGGCUGGGACCCUAUAUGCACUGUUGAUGAACUGAAGUUAGGUGCUAAUUUUACGCUGGAAUAUCCCUUUAAAUAAAUAGUAUUAUAUUUUGUCUCGGACAGUCAAUGAAAGAAUCACCCCAGUUUAAAAAAAGUGAAUUUGCUGAGCAUUUACUGUAUAUUUUGCUGUCCUACCUGUCCACUUUCUUCACUGUAGUAUGUUGAUUAUCUGGAGAAGAAGUUCCUGUGGUGUGCCUACUGGGUCGGCCUUGGGAUUCUGUCCUCAGUAGGCCUUGGUACUGGCCUGCACACAUUCCUACUCUAUUUGGUAAGCAAAUACUCUUAAUAUUACAUGUCAAGAGUUCCAGAGCUAAACAAGUGGAGUAGAAAUAGUUACCACAAGAAAUACACAUUUCUAAAAUGUGCAGGCACUAUAAUACACAUGCUGACAUUGAACAGAGGAAAGCCACAUCAGUGAGGGGAAACCACUCUCGUGCUGCUUAUUUAUACAUUUUAACCAUAUAGAGCAUGUAAUUAGGUUACCUUACUGGCAGAGGCAGUUUACUAUCUGGAUCUUCUGUGUUGUUAUUUGGGUAUGGGCCACUUAAUGAAUACAUUUCUGUGAGUGGGUCAGUAUCAGCUGACCCACAAGCAAUAUCUUGACAGUGAAAACGACACUGAAACAAAGUCUAUCUCUAAGGUAACUGGACCGGGUUGUAGUUCUUGCACAAGUUUUUCAGCUUACUGUGAGCUGCACUUGACUUAACUUUGAUUUAGCUCAAUAAGGAGGACUAAGACUGCUUAGGGACAUUGACUGUAGAGAGACAAUUGGAAUAAUCUUAUCACCUUUACUCUGCAUGAGCAUUCGCAUUACUACUUGGAAUGUCUUUUUAGGUACCCCCAUGAGUGAUAUAAAACCUCUACUUAAGAGCAUUUUUAAUGAUGGGAAAAGGUUCUGCACCAAAACAUACUUCAUGAUCACAGUAAAACUGCUCCCCUUACUUCUCUCUGCUUAGUAAUAAUGACAGAAAGACAGAAAACUCCAUUUUACAUGUCCCAUCACCAGAGUUGUACUGUGACUUUACCUCAAGCUUGAAGCAUUUAUAGAAAGCCCCAUAGAGAGGAUGAGGUCAUCCUGCUAAUGGGAAAGGGGGAUUCAACCACCAAUAUGAUUGUAUGAUUCAUCACAGUGUUAAGGAGGUUAAGAAAGUCCUGGACUGGAGGAAUGACAUUGUGGUCAAACUUAAGAUAAAAUUACACUCUUAAGUUUCUGCUUUGACCAAGAGAUUUGUUGAUUUGAAACAGACUGCAGCUGUGUAGAACUUGUUGCUGCCAGACAAAACAGCUUUUCAACACUCCUUUGAGUACCCAUCUUUCUAUCCAUCUACCUUUCUGUCUAUAUCUACCUACCUAGAUGGAUGUAUAGAUAGAUAUGUCAAUCUAGCGAUCUAUCUUUCCCAUUUCUCUUUCUAGUGUUCCCAAAAAGUGAUCCAGACUAUUUUCAAAUAAAAAAACAUUUGACGAUGCUGAAAGUUAGUUUAAUAUUUACUGUACUGUUAGUAGUGAGUUGCAAUUACGACACCCAAUAACUUCUAUAAUAAGCCAUCCUCAGUUCAGAACGUACUGGAAUAAUAUUUUAAAAUCUGGUUUGGGGAUAAGCCAUCCAGUGCAAACUUAAGUUUCUUUUCCGCUAACGCUGACACAUGAAGAGACACUAUCAGAUGACUUUCUCUUUAAUUUGUAACAGACUUCAUCAAUAAGAGAAGCCUCAUUAACAGGUGAUUCAGCCACCGUUUGUACCCAGUGCAAUUCAAGCACCACAAAUGGCAACCUCUUGAGCAGUAAAACGAUUGAAAUAACUGUACAUUCAAACUUUUGAGAGGUUUUAUGAGGGAGAAGUGCAAGAGAUUGUAAAGUUUUAAGCUAGGUGAUAAGCUGAUACACUUAGUGGAAGUUCAUGAUCACAUACAAUAUCUGUUAUAUUAAAAUGACAUGGACGGUUAAAUUUUAUGGGCCAGGUGGUCCAGUAUAUGCCUUUCAAUCAAUUAAAGCAGCUCUUUCUUUCUCUCUUUUCCACUUGUUCUUUAGGGUCCUCACAUAGCGUCAGUAACCCUGGCAGCAUAUGAGUGCGGUUCGACAGACUUUCCAGAGCCUCCUUACCCAGACCAGAUCAUCUGCCCUCCAAGUGGAGGAGCAGAGAGCAGUAUCUCCCUCCUCUCAAUCAUGUCAAAAGUUCGCUUGGAGGCCUGCAUGUGGGUGAGUUUUGGACAGAAAGUAAUGAUGUUACUAAACAGUCUAAUAUUAACCACUUCCUCAUUUGAACAAGUCUCUGCAAGGAUAGAAAUGUUGUAAUCCUUGUGCUUCUCCUCUACUUUCGUCAAAGCUUAAGUUGGUGUCAUGGCGGCAUGAAAAUUGUGUCAGUGUGAUACAAUGACCAAAUGCUGAAUUAGAGGAAAUAUAGAUAUAAAUAUAUAUUUUUUUAUUUAGGGGGCAGGCACGGCCAUCGGAGAGCUUCCUCCAUAUUUCAUGGCCAGAGCAGCUCGCCAGUCAGGAGCUGAUCCAGAUGAUGAAGACUACGAGGAGUUUGAGGAGAUGCUGGAGCAGGCGGAGGGUGCUCAGGUGAGAGUGUCACACACAGAGACACUUGUAGGCACUCUCAUAAAAGUUGCUUUAGAAGUUUUGUCCUCGUAAGGUGUGCUUUUCUUUAGAUUUCUAGUGUAAAGCAUCGCCUCCUGCUGAUCACUGAUGACAGGGUAACAACACUUCAUAUUGGAGUGUCUAUGUUUCCCUGUUGUCCUUAGCAUAGGUGUUUGUUAACACCUGAAAACCCAUCAAAUAUGAUGUGAUUUUGUCUUGUCUUUAUAAACUGGCAUUCACUCUUCAGUGAUUGGCUCCACUGUAACGUAUGACUUCAGUGAAGCCACUCCUUCUUUAGACUUCCAGUAAAUCUGCCUGGUUAGGGGGUGACUCAUUCUGUGCACAGCCCCCCCCCUCAAUCAUCUCUCAGGCUUUGCUUUCUGUACCUCCCUCCCUCCUUCCCUUCCUCUUUCUCUCCACUCACCAGCCUCUAAUUUGAAUGACAGACUAUUCUUUCAGGAACCAAUUUCACACGACUUGAGAUGACUUAGAUGCUGAGUAAGCUGAGCAGAAAUCACACAAACUUUGUGUGUCACCUCUAUCACCUCUUCUCAUUUCAUGGUUUCUCAGCUGAAUAGACCAACAGGGCUAACCUCAGAUAACGUCUUUAAUCAUGAGACUGUAUCCAGGAUGUGCUUGUAUGGGUGUUUGUCAGAGGUUUUCUAAGCAACAUUUACCAGACGAGUCAAAGCUCACAUUGUUCAUGCAAAUAAAUAUAUUCAGUAAUUUAACAAAAUAACAGUAAACAGUAUUUGAGAAAUACAUCAGUAGAUGCCAAUUGUUGAAACGACCUCUCAAACUACCUCAAACUAAGCUGUGAUAUCCACCAUGUUCUCGAGCAGUUACUCACAUUUCAUCCUACAAAGAUACAGAUUGGAUCCAACUAACUCCUGGCACCUUUUUGUGUAACACAGACCUUAAAUAAAUGCAACAAAUUCAUCAACAAUAAAAAAGUCACAAUGUUCAGAAACAGUAGGUAUCGACCAUAGUACUCUCACUCAGGUCUAUUUCUUCUGUCUAUAUAACAGGUAGACUUUGGUUUGGUUAAAAAAACACAUCUAUAACAAGUACAAGCUGCUUAUUUCAAGCUAAGACUAAAAAUGUAAUAUGUCUUUAAAUACACUUACGGUUUGAUAAAGAUGUAUUGCAGUAAGGUAUAUGUGUGUGAUUACAAAUGCUGAGUCAUGAAAGUCAAGUGACAAUUUUGAUGUGAAUGUCCUUACUGUUCUACUAUCUACUACUGUCCUUACUAUCUUUAUUCAAAUUUUGUGAUUAUUUCUCUGUUCACAGGAUUUUGUCACAAGAGCCAAACUGGGAGUUCAACAUAUGGUGCAGAAAGUGGGAUUCUUUGGGAUCCUGGCUUGCGCUUCUGUAAGUUUUAAAACUUUUUCACAUUGUUUAAAGUAUAUAAAUAUAUGUUCCAUGACUAUUGUCCUAUUGAAGAUGUGCUGCCUUAUUUAAGAAACAUUUUCCACAGUGGAUGAAAACUGGUAGAGGGGGAAUUGAGGGACAUUUACCAAAAUCAAUCUUUUAACUGAUAGAAAUGUGAAAUGAUUAUAUUGUCUUAUUUUUAUCUUACAGAUUCCCAAUCCCCUCUUUGACUUGGCUGGGAUAACUUGUGGUCAUUUCCUGGUUCCCUUCUGGACGUUCUUUGGAGCAACUCUGAUUGGGAAGGCCAUCAUCAAGAUGCAUAUACAGGUUGGUAGAUUAUUUUAUUGAAAGUUAUUAGUGGUAGUUACAAAGUAACAAGCACCAGCUGACCUCAAAUAACCCCUCGUUUUCCAUUUUAAUGUAGACAAUGCAGUCAUUAAUCAGAGUCCCAGCAGCUGUGCGUUCCAUAUGACAAGUCAUUACAAUUCUCUGUGCACAGUGUGAUAAUGCAUUGCAGAAAAUUAAUACUAAAAAAUAAAAAUAGUAUGGUGCUCGUUUGGAUGAUUCAGUUUGAACAAUCCAUGCGACUUGGAAACAUGUUCUGAAGCAAAGAUGAGACUCACUGUCCUAGGAAUGAGGUGGGGACUGUGAGAAACUUGUAAUGGUUUACUUUGACUUCUACUUAUGGCAUUCCUUUGGGAAAUAUUGGGAAUAUAUCCAAACUUUAUACACUAGCUUCAGGGGGAAAGAGGGACGCUUAUAAGAUGAUUUAAACAAAAGUUUUAUUUUUUUCACUCGCAAGAUCAAACAAAGGAAAGUUUUGAUUGCGGUGUGUAUUGUUUAGUCUGCCACAUGAGUGACUAAUAUGAGCCUGUACUGAGAGAGGCUGUCUACAUCUGUAAGUGAGUAACUGCAUGUCUUAACAAUUUAAACCCAUCCAUCUCUUGGUGGAACCAACUGAUGAUCUCACUAUGAGAUUUUACAGACUUAAGGGUUAUAUAGAGUGGACAUGAGAAGGUAGAUGUCAGGGAAGGAAAUUGAAUCGUUGGUAAGAGUCUGCAGGAGGGAGUCUUUAAAAAAAAAAAGAAAGGUCUGCUUACAUCAACUACUUGGACAUUGCGUGUCAUAUCCUGUCUGAUUUUGUCCAGGGGGUCAUGCCUCAUGCAGUUUGAAGCUGAUUAGUUUCAGGACCAGAGACAAAUAUUGCGGUUUUGCUCCCCCGCUGGGCUGCUUUACAAACCCCACGUAGGUCCUCACUGCCCGAAAUUUAGCUUACUGCCAGGUCUGAAUACUGUAAAUAGUAUCUCUGUGGACAGUAGCAGAUAUGGCCUUGUUGGUUCACAGCUGUGCCACCAAGAAUUACAAUAUCUAUUCAUAACUCCUUUAGAUGUACUGAAUGCUUACGUUGACAUGUCUUUGUAGCUUAUUCAUUCCUUAAUAUUUCAGCUGGUUUUCAUUAAAAUUGAGUGUUUUUUUAAAUUUCUUGAAAAUGAGUCAGCGGACUCUAAAGCUUGAUCAUUUUUUCCUUGUUUUCUCACAGAAACUGUUUGUGAUCAUCACCUUCAGCAAGCACAUAGUGGAGCAAAUGGUGUCACUCAUAGGGUAAGUGUGGGUUAAUGUGGUGUGCAUGGCUAAAAGAGACAGAGACCUUGUAGCAUUAGUGUUUUUACCCUGUGUAUGGCGACCACCCAAAACAACUUAGUCGCCGAGAGGCUGAGUAGGGGAAAACGAUACCAUGCCUGACGUGCUGGCUGUAUAAGCUUCAAUGAACAGGCUGUAUCUCCGUUUGUCGUUUUGUUAUGCAAAAAAGACGAAGCCCUUACAUAAAAAACAAAAAGGGCAGUCGUUCAAUAUCAGGCGAAACAUAAGCGAAAAAGCGGUCAGCAAAAAGUAGGACUUCCCCAUUCAACCCCUCUCCAUUCAUCCACAAGACCCACCAGGUGAACAGCUGACUAUACUACUACUGGUGCUGACGUACUACCUCCACACCCACCACGUGACUCUCAUCACUGUAUAUAACCACACAAUACACAAAUACUCUUAAAGAUCAUGGCUAUCACAAAAACUGGCGUGUACACCCUGGUUUCAUGGUAGCUAGUACUUUUCUCAACACUUGCAGACACCUGGGGAUCCUAAAUGAUUUAAUGUCUCUGCAGGCCUAUCACCACCAUCCCCCAUUUACACACACAUACACACACACAUUGAUCUGACUCACCAAGUUUAGCUUUGACAUAGGAUGUUGGCCCCAGUGAGGUGGGAAACACAAUUAUUGAAAUCUAACAGAGCUUGAAGUCUGGUCUAGACCAUUUUUUUUUUCCGUCAAGCAUCUUGGGAUAAAACCUUUUGUGAAUUGGCGUUAUAUGAAAAAGUUUCAUCGAUAAAUAAACAGUGAUUGAACUUUUGCAACCAUUAACAAAGCUGCUCAGUUGGAUUUGAUCUAUUGGCUUUCCUUUUUUCAUAUUCAGGCAACAACGUUUGAUGUUAUGUUUGAAUAUGAAUUUAGGAGAACAAAUCCUAUUGCUCUUUGAUUAAAACCGAAGUUCUUUCCCAUGAAAUAAAACGAGUCAGCUCUCAGUAACUCACUAUAAUUCAUGCAAACUGUGCUGAUACAGCAUUGACUUGUUGGGCUGUGGAUGUUUGUGUAACCAUGUGUGCUGUAAUUUGGGAAAGAGAACCAAACGAAGUCAAUCAAACUAGCCAGGCCUAUUUUAAAUCAGCAGUACCAGUUUUCUAUCUGGGUUUUCUUCCCCUUUUUUGCUAAGCCCUGUUAAGUCCAGCCUGCCUCUUCUUUAUCUUGACCAGAGAUACUAUUUAACUUAUGAAUUGUUAUCCUUGUGUCUCGGUUUCUUCCCAUGGUAAUAAAUUUCACAUCCUGUCAAGAUUCUGCUGAGCUGUAUCUCUGCUGGCAAAAUGGUACAACUGUUACACCAAUGUCUUAAUACCACAUGAAUUAACAGAAUGGCAUCCGUUAUGAUUGGCCCCAUAGUGAGCUAAUCUACAUUGCCUAAUAAGGAUAUGAGCACGCCCUGAUCUGAUAGCUCUCCACCCAGAAAGCAGCAUUGGUGGUAAAGGUGAUGAUAUCAUUUUGACUCACUUCCUGAUUGAAGGGCUGACACAAGCUCCUUAUAGAGAGUAUAAAAAGAGGACUGAGGAGUAUCUGCUUCAUUUUCCCUGCUGCCUGCUUCUGCUCACAGAGGAGAAGCCCCAGAUAGGGCCAAACAUGGAGGGUUGUUGCAAGGAUGCUGGUUGAGUGCUGGAUCAGUGUUCAUGGAGGAAUACACUCCUCUUAAGGGGGACAUUUUUAGAGAGGCUGAAGGUUCAGUUUUGUUCUCCAUGGUGAGGAGACUUUUUCUCAAAGGGUAAGUGAAUUAAUCUUCUUUAUUCUUCUGUUUUCUCUCUACCCUUCUCUAUGGCUGUAUCUAUGGGGGCUUCUCAUGUCAGCUCUGUGCCCAAAGUGGGACCAGCACUUCAGAAACCCUUCAGUCAGUACCUGGAAGCACAGAGGAACAAGCUGCACCAUGCUGGAGGAAGUGCACCAGCGGUAAGAACAAUGUAGAACAAUGGAUUGUUCCAUGGUCAACCCUGUUCUUUUAAAUGUGAGCUUUAUUCAUCUGUUUAAAUUAGUUUAUUUAAACAAUACAUUGGAGGAUGCUAUCAGAUAAAAAGCUGUCUUGGUAACGCCAACAGUCUUCAAAAACACUGCAAUAUGACAUAAGUAAUCUAAGGGUUGGCCUAAUUUUUAUAUUAACCUUCAAAUUGUAAUUAGAUUAGUUAAAAUAAUUGGGUAAGAGUAGUCCCUGUUGGACAAAGUAUGUAACUUAAAACCAGAUUUAAACGACCGUGAACAAAUCUUGCAUGUAGAUACUAGAUUAUAUGUGACAAGCUAAAUUCAUGGAUGCUAAUUUUGGCUUUCCAGGAUGAGAACUGGCUGUCGUGGGUGUUUGAGAAGGUGGUGCUGGUCAUGGUUUGCUACUUUGUCAUUUCCAUUGUAAACUCCAUGGCUCAGAGCUAUGCCAAACGUCUGCAGCAGCAGAGGCACUCAGAGGAGAAAACCAAGUGAUGACGACACAAAAGCAGUACCAACAUCCAAGUGACUGUUUGCUGCUGCUGAGAGCCGUGGACUCAGCCCCAGCCAACUUCAACUUAACGAACAACAAACCUCACCCCACACCUCGUUCAUUCUCAGAGGCUGAGUGCUCGGAAAACAUGGCACGACUUGUUGGUGUGUGCUUGUAAGGAUGUGUGUUCUCACUGUUCAUCCCUCAUCUUCAGGUUUUGUUGUUUCUUUCAUCUCAUGCCACUCUGUAGAUGUGUAUAGUGUGAUUGGUUCUAUUUUUGAUCUUAAGAUGUUACUUUAAUAUUAAAUUAACCCAUUCAUUGACCUCAGAUGAUAAGCAGCAGUUUGGCAGUGACUGCUGUGUUUGGGCAGUGCCCAUCAGAUGCUAUGCCUUAUGCAAGAAAGGAGGGUCUCCUCCCUUAAAUAAAGUUCUUGACUUAUACACUUGAUUUUUAUUUAGUUUUGUACCAUUAAUGUAUGGAUGAAUUUUGACUUGUUCAUGCUAUGUGCUGCUGAGGUAACUGAUGCGGAUGUUUUUUUCUUUAAGGGUUUGACUUUCCUCAUGAUCUUGUCCUAUCAAACAGUAAGAACUUCUUUUUGUUUCGGAAAUUGUCGGUUUGGAGUGACGGUAAAAAAGCAAUAUCAACAAAAACAGUGUGGUAUUGAUAGUUUGCACGUGGUGUAAAUAUCUUUUUGACGGUAUCAGCAGAUGUGUUCGUAAAAACAUGAGUUGACUUGAACUUAAACAACAACAAAAAAAGAUAUCAUUUGUAAAGUGACGUUGUACUCUCAGCUGACUAGUCCCAUUUCUAUUCUGUACAUUUAGGUUAAACCUCAGAUUGGAUCAUAUAUAAAAUAUGUAAAUCAUUGCACUUGUUUUGUCAUUUUUGUAUUCUUGUAGGACAAGCUGAACUUUUGUUAAAACCGAUAAGCUUUAUGGUGAUCUUGUAACGUUCAUGAAAAGCUGUAAUUUUUUUUAAACCAUCACAGCAAUUCCAAUCUUCUCUUUGAAAUAUUCAUCUGAGGUAAGUGAAAUGCCCGUCACUUGUACAGUUUUCAUUUAAUAACUUUUUUGUACAGAAUGUUAUAUUGUACCCUUUGAGUCGCAGCUAAUUUUUCAUUUUACUGUCAAAUCUGGAUAUCAACUUGUUGGUUCAGAAUUUUCAAACUGACUCAUUGCUCCUGUGUCCCGGCUGCGUUUGGGGAAAAGUCCCACAGGGCAUGGAUUCUGGUGGACUUCAGCUUUUUGGAAAGGAGAGGUCCCUCUCUAUUAUUGAAGUUCUGUCCCCAUAAACACCACUUUUCCAUCCCAUCAGCUAGCUUAUCAGACUGGUGUUGGCUGUUCAAUUUUCAUGACAACAGCUGUCUGUAGGCUGGCUGAAGUUGUGGGUCCUCAACAUUUCAUCUGUGAAUUUGAACUACUUUUCCAACCGUUUGUCAUCGGCAUAACUGCUUAAUGCUCAUGCCAGUUGCACUUGAAUACAUUAAUGUAAAAUAAAAUUAUUGAUCAAUAAAGUAACUGAAUACUUCAA